GCUGUGAGAGGAUGCUUCUUGUAGUUCAGAGGAAAAGACGAACCUCGUACUUCACAAUCUCCCAGCAGCACACUUUCAUCAUUGCGGAUUCCUCCUGAUCAUCGCAGCUCUGCACAAAGACAAUGUAGUUGGAGAGAAAGAGUGGAGCUCCACCGGUGGAGGCAUGUAAGGGAUGCACGGACGCGCUCUUGGUUAAUUAAUGCAGUUCUGAAAAAAAAAAAAACAACAAUGGUGGAUAUGCGGGCAAAAAGUGGGGAAAAGUGAGUUUCGGGGGGCGCACAGGAAGGAUGGACACUUCGGAGGUAAUCCUCUCCAUGCUGGUGGCUGUGAUCAUUGUGGUGUCGUUGCUGUCCAACGUGCUGGUGCUGAUCUGCUUUCUGUACAACCCGGAGAUCCGCAAGCAGGUGCCCGGGCUGUUCAACCUCAACCUCACCUUCUGCAACCUGUUGCUGACGGUGUCCAACAUGCCGCUCACGCUGGCGGGGGUGGUCAGCCAGGCUCAGCCGGGGGGGGACGGCUUCUGCCAGAUCGUGGGCUUCCUGGAGACCUUCCUGUCCACCAACUCGAUGCUGAGCAUGGCCGCGCUGAGCAUGGACCGGUGGAUCGCCGUGGUCUUCCCCCUGAGAUAUCACUCCAAGAUGCGCCACAGGGACGCGGCUCUGGUCCUGGGAUACACGUGGGCGCACUCCGCGUCCUUCUCCACGGCGGCCUCCUGCCUCUCCUGGGUCGGAUACCACCGCCUUUACGCGUCCUGCACCCUGGCCAACCCCAGGCCGAGCAGUCGGACCCAGUUUGUCGUCUUCACAGUCUUUUUCCACUCUUUCACCUUCCUCCUGUCUUUUAUAGUGUUGUGUUUCACAUACCUCAAAGUCCUCAAAGUGGCAAGGUUUCACUGUAAGAGGAUCGACGUUAUUACAAUGCAAACUUUGGUUCUGCUGGUGGAUAUACACCCCAGUGUUCGCCAGCGUUGCUUGGAGGAGCAGAAGAGGCGACGGCAGAGAGCGACAAGGAAGAUCAGCACCUUCAUCGGCACCUUCAUGCUCUGCUUCGCUCCCUAUGUGAUCACAAGGAUCGUGGAGUUAUUUCCAGCAGUGCCUAUCAACCCUCACUGGGGAAUUGUCUCCAAGUGCUUAGCUUACAGCAAGGCGGCUUUCGACCCCUUUGUGUACUCCCUGCUGCGACACCAGUAUAAGAAGACAUGCACAGACAUCAUUAACAAGCUGCUGAAGCGCAGCUCCUUGAACGCAUCUGGACGCGGGCCUGAACUCCAAGGAAACAGCAUACCUACGGCGUAGCGACAAAGAAAGAGUACACUGGUACACGCCCUGAAGUUUGGCCGGACAGCUGUUCCGGAAAUGCAGUAUGAACCUAAUUUAUUUUUGAUGACGAAGAGGAGGAGUAAGAAUAUGGCUGUUCCCGUCCACGUCUGCUUGAAUUUGGUCACACGUGUCAAAAAAAGGAAAAGAGAGGAGUCACUGCGGUAAGCGCAAACCUCUGCAGGGAUAGCCCUGUGCUUCAAUACAGAGUGCCCAGAACAGCAGAUCAGUGCAGUGAAUUUGCUGCGAGGACAAAUCAGCAGUAUUACACAUCCCACUGGAGAGACAGCUGUGCUCACAAAAGAACGAAUAGCUAGUUCAUAGCCUCGUUAUUUUAACUAGGUUAGAUUUCAAUCUGAAUAUGGUUCUAUAGGUGAUAAUGUUUCAGUAUUUGCUCUGACAAAAAUUUGUCUUUCCUUAAAAUUAUUCGGAGUCUGUCCAAAGUGAUUGCAAGUGAAGAGUCAUUACAUAAUUUCUCUAUGUAGCACUGAAAACUAGCUUAACCAAAACUUGCUGUGUUUUAUGACCAUGUUCUUUAGUUAUAUCACAAAUAUAAUGUACAGCAGACAGUGUUGCUCAGGUUUUUCUGGCUUAACGGGGUAAAUCCCUCUCAGAUUUAAACAGAUUCCUCUGGCACAUUUUUUUUUUUUUUUGUACAUUGUGUUGUACUGUUUGCAGGGAAAUGGCAGAAUUGUACAUUUUGUUUUAUGUGUAUACUUUUAAAACCCGUUGUCAAACAGUUACUGACCUGCCUAAAUGCUGUUUUAAUGGGGGGUUGGGGUGGGAGGGGGUGGACACAAACCCUUAAAUCUGCUGCCUUUGCUGUCGUGACCAGUAUGUGCCCCUCAGGUUGUUCAACCAAGUGGAGCAUGAUCAAAUGUACUUGCCUCGGUUAGUACUCACAGACAUGAGUGACCCAAAAAAGGCUGCUCGGUUCUCUCUUACACAUUUGGACAAGAUCUGAGAUAAUCUAAUGAAAAAGAAAAAUGUACAGGAAGCCGCAUGAUGUAUUUUCCCCCAAAGUAAACAAGGAAAUGAUUUCAUUGCACUGACAGAUGUACAAGGAGGAAUCCAAAAUAAAAAAAAAAAUAAUAAAAAACAUCCAGAGAACAAAAUAUCUCAGACUGCAAAAUUAAUGAUUUUCUUCAGUAGAGACAUAAAAAGGCUGCUUUUUUUUUCUCAACAGUUCAAUGGCGAUAGCUUCGAGCACCUAAUGUUGUUGGCACAAUCAUAUCACAGUCUUGCCAAAAACACUUAGAGUAAAAAACCUGCACUCAUACGAGGACAGUGUCCAGUAAUUCUGGGUUUUCGGUCUAGUGACUUGAACAUGGAAACGUGAAUAUCAGAUAUCCACCCCCAGACUUCCUGCUCUGAAAGCCAUUCACUGUUUUAAUGCAGAUAUCAAAAAGCUAAAAUAAUGACUUAAAUCAUCAUUAGUCCAUGGCUGAUGUACUGAUUUAGCAUUUUUGUUACACGUUUUCAAAUUUCCUGUUUUCCACAUGAUGUUCACAUGCAUGCACAAUACUGUUAAAUACCGAGACCUCAGAUGUACUGGAAAACCUCUAGGACAAAAUAUAAAAAAAUCCUACAGUUUGCCCACAGGUUCUGCUUAUAUGAAUAUAUGAUUAUAGGGAUGGGAAUUAGAUUUUAAUCUGUGAAUGUCCUAAUGGUAGUUUAGAAUCAGUUAAAAACAGCAUCUCCUCCAAAUUUUAACUUUAACUCAUAAGAAUUUACUAAACACAUACUAGACAUUUGAAAUGUUUGGUAAAGCAUUGGCAGAGAAUUUGAAAAAAGACACUUUCACAACACGAGGCCCAUUCAGAGUCCAGCUGAAGGGAAAACCCUCCAACCAGAAUGUUCUCAUCACUAGCCUCUUUAUAAUGAUUGUUUUCACGGUUAAAGACAAACAACAUAAAUUCCUCAGUAGCAUUAUUUGCUGACCUUUUUCCUUUUUUGAUGUUCCCCUUUUUGGAAAGUUACAUUAACUCAGAGGGGGGAGUUUUCGCAUGAUUUCAGUACCAAAUACAGUCAGAUGAGCAUUAU